AUGGGUGUAUCGCAAGUCCCCGCUGUGCCCGGGGAGAUGGAGUAUGAUGGUCAUCAGAAGGAUCUGGACUUCGAUCAGGUUGGCCUCGAGAAGCAGGAGGCUACGCCAGCAUACGAACAAGAUGCCUUUGGCAACGAGGACUCAGCGGAGGUUAAAUACAAGGUUAUGAGGUGGUGGCAGUGUGGUCUUCUCAUGGUUGCUGAGACUGUGUCUCUGGGUGUUCUCUCUUUGCCUGCUGCUGUUGCGACCAUGGGCCUUGUUCCCUCUAUCAUUGUGCUCAUUGGCUUGGGAGUGAUUACCACCUACACUGGAUAUAUUAUGGGUCAGUUCAAGUUGCGGUUUCCUCAAAUCACCACCAUGGCCGACGCCGGUGAGAUUAUCGGAGGCAAAUUUGGCCGCGAAUUUGUCGGCGCUUGCUGGAGCAUCUUCUUCAUUUUCAUCAUGGCCAGUCACUUGUUGACCUUCACCGUCGCGAUGAACACUAUCACCGAUCACGGCACCUGCACCAUCGUGUUUGGAAUCGUCGGCAUGAUCCUCUCCUUCGUCUGCUCUCUCCCUCGCACUCUAGAGAAGAUGUCAUGGCUGUCCCUCGUCUCCUUCGUCAGUAUCCUGACAGCCGUUCUGAUCACCAUGAUCGCGUUGGGAAUUGAGAAGCCUGACCCCCGUGUCGUUGCCAUUGCCAACACCAACCUUUACCACGGUUUCACCGCUGUGACCAACAUCGUCUUCGCAUUCUGUAGCCACGGUGCUUUCUUCGGUCUGAUGGCUGAGCUGCGAAACCCCCCGCGACUUCACCAAGGCAUUGACGUGACCCUCUACCUGAUCGCUGCCGUUGUUAUCUACCGCUACGCCGGAGAUGGAGUUACCUCGCCAGCCUUGGGAUCGACCUCACUCGUAGUCUCCAAGGUCGCCUACGGUAUCGCCUUGCCCACCAUCGUCAUCGCCGGUGUCAUUAAUGGCCACGUCGCAUUCAAAUACGUCUACAUUCGCAUUUUCCGCGGCACUGACCGCAUGCACAAGCGUGACAUGGUCGCCGUCAGCUCUUGGAUUGGCAUUGCCCUGGUCAUGUGGGUUCUGGCCUGGAUCAUCGCAUCCGCUAUCCCGGUCUUCAGCGACUUGCUGAGCUUGAUUACUGCUCUCUUCGCCAGCUGGUUCUCUUUCGGUUUCCCCUCUAUCAUGUGGCUCUUCAUGAACAAGGGCGUGUACUUCUCAUCCCCACGGAAGAUCACAAUGACCCUGAUCAACCUGAUCAUCGUCGGGAUUGCCUGUGCGCUUUGCGGUAUGGGUCUCUGGGUGUCUGGCAAGGCUAUGCAUGACAACCCCAGCAGCGCGAGCUUCUCUUGCGCGAAUAAUGCCUGA